CCAUUUGGCAAAGGCUGCUCUACAUGACAGUGUGAACUUCACAACACGCGCAUUCGCCUGGCUGCUCCUUGGCUUGAUCAGCUAACCUCUGGCAGCAUGAGAGCAGUGUUGUGACUACGGCUUGGCUAAGAAAUACUGCAACUUGGAGUAUCAUGCCUAGCAUUUGAAGGUAAAAAUUAAUCUGAUGCAUUUUAGAUUAUCUGCAGACAGGAUCAAGUCCUCCUUUUUUUCUUCUUCUUCUUUUUUUUUUUUUUUUUUUUCUAUAUAAAGGGGAACUUUAUUUCUUUAGUAAUUACAGCAUUCAGACCAUGGAUUUCGAGUACCACCUAAGGUAGAAUAAGAAAAGCCUGCCUUUAUCCUUUUCAUAAGGACUGGUACUAAACAUGGAAGGAACAAGAAGUGUUUGGUACGUGGACUAAAUGAUCUUAGGGGUCACUUCCAACCUUAAUGAUUUUACAUUUUAAUGAUUCUAUUUCUACUGAAAGCUGGCAUUAAGAAAGACGCAUAGGACCUCAUGCUGCAGCAAAACGUAGCUCACUGAAACACAAAAUAUGAGAAAUGUCAUGGACAGAUUAGUGGGCUUUUUUCUCAAAAGGUUAAAAGUUUGCAUGAUGUGGUAUUACUGUACUUAGAUUUUUGCAUUUGAAUUACCUUGAUCACGAUAUCACCUUGCUCUUUCUUAUGACAAAGAUACAAGUGUCUAAAAAUUGAAAGGAUGCUAAUUUUAAUUAAUGAUGAAUUAAGGGAAAUUCACGUAGAAAAUUCAGUUUGUUAAAUCAAAGCUUUUUUUUUUUUUUUCUCUCUGAAAACAAACAAACAAAAACCCAACAGGUUGCUGUUAUCUUCAUUUUCAGGCUAAAUGAAAUUCAGAUUUUACAUGUGGACAUUAUUGAGACUUGUAUUCUAAGACCUUGAAGGUAUAGAUGUCAAAAUCAGGUAACAAAAAUAAAAUAGGGUAUAACAUACCAAGAAUGAUAAUAUUUCCUCAUUUUACUAGUCUGCAGUAUUCCCUGUGGAACAGCUUUUCUUGGGUGCUUACAUUUUGGUUUUUUACUUCUCUUAUUAUUUCUGUUUCUUUAUGUUUACUAAUCUUUGAUCAUUUUAAAUAUAACUUUGAAAAAAUCCUUACCAAGCAAUGGAAUUUCCUCCAUGCUCUGCUAUUUAAGUGCAACAAAGUCACGUUUUCUUAGAGAACAGGUUAUGUGAGAGGAAAUUAUUACUACGUGUGCUGCUUGCAGGAACGGAAGGUGCAAAUUGUACAGCAGGUUUUUGUGAUGCGUGAUUUAGGUCAGUAAGAUUUCAGCCUGAAAUGGUUUCAUAUUUGCCAAGAGUCCUGCCCUUAACAAAUAGGAUAUAAAACAGAACUGGGACUGCUGAUGUUUCUUUGCAUUCCAUUUGGUUACAAAAAUAAAGCAGUAAAGCCCACCAGGUUGCAGUAGGAGUGGGUUUACAAACUGCUGUGUCUGCAGCAACACGCUUUCCCUAAGCAAUAGGUGCACGAAUUGAAAGGGCCAAAGCUGGGGAAACUGAAAACGUAGUCUUAAUGGUUAAAAUAAGGUUUUCACACAAGCCAGAGGAGGUGGACAAAGAGCAGGCAGAGCCAACCUUCCACCUGCAUGUAGAGCUGGGCUUGAUUUGCAUUCCAACAGCUGCACUCCUCAGUGCAGGAUUUGGGGUUGCUACUACAAGGUAAGUUUGGAACCCAUCACCUCACCUCAGUUCUUCCCAAACAGCUGUUGGUGGGCAAUUUUGUUUGGUCUCUACUUGUAUAUGAAACUCGAGCCCUGGAACAGAUUCUCUAUUUCAAAAGAAUGUCAUCUAUAAAACUAUUGUUGCUCCGAUAUUUACUUAAAUGAUAAAGAAUGAGUUCAGCAGCAAGAUGCUCUACAGUUUCCUGUUAAGUCUAUUUUUGCAGAGCAUCUCAAAAUUUGAGAAAACCAUCAUACAAUUUAUCAUAAAGUGGUACAAUGAAUGUAGGUUAAGCUGUUAAUACUCAAUACAAGCACAAACUACUUAAAUUUUUAAGAUCUACCAUGUACUUAAGAGUUUUGUUCAGUGUUGCUUUAGAAAUACUUAGAACACAAAUUAAUGCACUGCUACCCUAAAAACAGUGAUGUGUCACUGCCAGCAUGCAAGUAGAAACAACCUUCUCCCUGCCCAACUUCCCAUUUCUUCCAUUUCUAUCCUAUUUUAUAAUGUCUGAGAGUUGAGCCGUAGCUUGGGACAUUCACUCCACCACCUUUAAUGGAACAGCAGACACCUUCACUCUGCCCAAACACACAAUGACAGGUGUUCUUGGUGGGAAACCCAGGCCUGAAAUGUCAUUUUCCAUUUAAUCACUUUGGAUUAGCAAACCAAUGGCAGAAGCCCUUUCCAUUUGCUUAUUUUUGUUAUUGAACACUUCUGCUUUGAAUUUAGAGAAUAUCUUGAUGUUUCUGCCACCUUCAAGAUUUUAUGCUGCCACCAGUAGCAAUUAGCGACACUGAAACUUAGCCUGGAAAAUGUAAUGAAGCAGAGCAAACUGUCGUGCUAGUGACAUCAAAGUCCAGAAUGCCAAUGUGCGUCACUGUUACUGAAAGUACUUCGUAACACUUUUAUUUUCCGUAAGUCAGAUUCUUCUAAAUGAACAGCACUAAGCUACACACUCCUCCAUCCUGUUGACAGAAACAAGGUCAUACAAAGCGACAACUUGUAUGGUAGAAGCGAGCCAAGCUAGUUUUCCAUGUGGUCUACAGAGAUACAAAGUAGGCACAUGGUGUUAUCCAUACUCAAUCCUUCUGGACUAGACAGAAGCAAUUAAAUUCCCAGCUGUGUAUCAGCAAACCUUCAAGAACGUAUCAGGUGUUUUUAAAACAAUGCUGAGUUUUGACCCCUAUAUACCACUAGGGAAAAGAAAGUGCCUUGCUCAACAGGUCUCUUCUCCCACACAACUAGUGAUAGGACAAGAGGGAAUGGCCUUUUAAGCUGCACGAGGUAAGGCUCAGGUUGGAUAUUAGGAAAAAUUUCAUCUCCAAAGGAGUGGUCAGAUUCUGGAAUGGGCUUCCCACAGAGGUGUUUGAGUCAUCGUCCCUGUAGGUGUUCAAGAAACAUUCAGAUGUUGCACUAAGGGACAUGGUUUAAUGGGGAAAUAUUACUGGUAGGCGGACAGUUGCACUGGAUCAUCUUGGAGGUCCUUUCCAACCUUGGUGAUUCUAUGAUUCUAUGAUUCUAAAAGCGUCGUCUUUUUAGAAAGUUUCUAAGUGCAGGGUAAAACUUUCAGAAGUUUUUCCAUAAUAUACACAUGCUCCACUUUACUUUUCCAAGUGACUCAGGUACCCCUGACAAUAGUAUCCACUCUAUCAGUGUAUCUUAAGAGAGUGAAAAAAGGUCUUGAAAGCAGUGUACCACCAGUCUGCUCAGUGGUAGGAUGACUUGCUUUUCUGGCUCUCAAAUACCAGGAGAUCAAGAAUAAAGGGGCACACAGAGGUAGGACUGUAUUAUUUUUGUGUGUUUCUUUGUGACACAAAAUUCGAAUACAAUUCUCAUUCAACUGUCACGUAUGUUAAAAUUCUAAAUGGGGACAACCAUGUUGCCAUGUUUGGCACCUUUCUGGAAUUGCACAAGCUUCUGGUAAGUGCAGCUCGGCAUCAGCUUAGCUAGAGAUGAACUGCCUUUUUAAGUGUUAGAAAAAUAUAAUUACUGCAGGACAGUGAAGAUUCUGUGUGGGUAUUUAUCCCACCUAUCUGGCUGAGCUUUUCAGCCCCGUAGAGCUCUCUACUGUCAUGUUUAGGAAAUUUUGCUGGCUGAUUUGAAGAUGCAUCUGGAAAGUCUAUAAUAUCUGUACCAAAGCACUGGCUGCCCUAUUACUUUGCCUAUACCUGUUAUUCUUGAUGGUAUAUAAAUGAGAAAAAGUACUGAAGAAAUUAAACCUAGGUCUUGAAGAAAAAGUAUUCAAAGUUAGUUCAGAAAAUUAUAAUCUUGCAAGUUGAGAGUGCCUGGGAAAAUUAAUUCUGGGUUUAGUUAUAGAAACUGAGAUGUAUUUUAAUGGAGAAUAAUCUAGAAUAUUCUAUCAAGAGUGACUGUUUGUUCAAAUAUAAGUGUCCAUAUAAGUAUAUUUAAAUGUUACUUUUUAUCAUUACUAUUCAGCCUGUAGACUCCUUAUAUCAGGCAAUGGAAGUUCUUGUUAAGUAGAUUUGAGUCACUUGUCAGAAAGACACUGGUGCAGCUGCAUCCUGCAGAUGUGUCACAAACUGGAUCCUAAACACAGACAGCAAAAAGGACAAUGUGCCACUUGGUCGGUGAAAUAUAGGCAUCUACCAAAAGCCUUUGGGAACAGAACUACGAAGUUUGAAAAGCAGAUGGAGUCGGACUGCGCACUGCCAUUCUGUUUUAGCAUUGAUCUGCUUCCCCUUGAGUAGAGGCAAAGUAUUUUUCUUUGAAUAGUAUUUUAUUCUCAAAGGUGUCUAAUUUUCUCUAAGAUUUCAAAUAUGCAUUGUAUUAAGCACUAUCAUCAAUUUCCAAGACAGUUAAUAGUAACGUAUCACUGACUUCAGCAGUACUGCUUUGCAAGCUAGACACCGCUCCAACUAUCACUGUCAGGCACUUGCCUGUCAUAAGAAAAGCUUCCCAAAGGCAGCAAUCAGCUUCAAAAUAUCUAUAAUAGAGAGGACUGAAAGAUACAGAUGGCACAUCACUUUGGUAUAAAUGCACAGAGUGCUGGAGGAUCGUAUUUUUCAGGGAGAAAAUUACAAAAGUAUUUUUUUUUUUUUUUAAAUCACAGGUUAUUAGCUAGCAGUGCUUAGUUAUUUUAACGUACAAUUUUGAACAAAUACAGCUUCUUCUGCUCUGCCUCUGCGAAUCUAGGAUAGCAGAUGAGAAUCAGAAUGGGUACAUGAGAAUGGAUUCUCCCUGUCGUUAUUUUAGUUCCACUACUGGCUGACAAAGCGUUUCUCAUACAUUCACCCAAUGGACAAAAUUCUGAAGAAUUUGUGCUCCUGCAGGAGGAGUGUUCUAAGAUCAGAUGUUUGGGGGCAAUGUGUUACUUUUAAGAAAAGAAGAAAAAAAAGGGGGGGGGGGGGGGGGGGGAGAAGAGGAAAAAAAAAGAGGAGAAAAGCAUUGCCCGCAUUUGCUGAGAUCACAACUGCAUCAGAAGAAAACCACCGAGCAGGAUUCUUAAUGUUCAGCAAUAAAGCAACACAGUACACAGAGCUGAAAACAGAUACGUCAAUCUAAUUAACUUCUCUGUAGCUUAAGAACUCCAAGUGCUGCAAAGAACAUUUUUAUACACAGAUGUCUGUACGGGCAUGGCUUUGCUGUGACUUCCUAUUGUGCUGAGGUACUGGUAAUGGAAACUUUUACUACAUUAUGUUCUUCUGAGCAACUUCCCUAGCUGUGGUUUUCUGCUAUUCCCCUGAUAAAAGCACCAGAGUGGUGAGAGUUUAGCAAAUAUGUAAAACUCUCACAUGAAUUUGAGACACAUUCUCAAAAGUAAAGCUGUAUAACAUUGGAGACACCAAAACUGGGUUAUUUUUCAUGUGUUGGCACAGCAGGUGUUCUGCAGUUUAAAUGCAAUGUUUUCUUUUAUUUAGUUCUGAAGAGCUUUGACGGAAUUAGAGAACACAAUGGGAAACACUAUGAAAACACCGAGAGCCUCUGCAGAAGGAGGAGAAGAAACAAAUGUGGCAAGCUCAACGGGUCAGGAGAGUGAUUUCCUUGCUGUCCUCUAUGACUAUCCCUCAGCAGACAUAAGCCAACCUAUAUUUCAUGUAGGAGAAAAACUACGUGUGCUAUCAGAUGAAGGAGGUUGGUGGAGAGUCCAUUCCCUUACAACAGGACGAGAGAAUUAUAUUCCAGGGAAAUAUGUAGCAAAGGUUUAUCAUGGCUGGCUAUUUGAAGGGCUGGGAAGAGAGAAAGCAGAGGAACUUCUACAGCUCCCCAACACCAAGGUCGGCUCCUUCAUGAUCAGAGAGAGUGAGACUAGGAAAGGAUUAUAUUCCUUGUCAGUACGGCACAGGGAGGUGAAACAUUACAGGAUCUUUCGCCUUCCAAAUAACUGGUAUUACAUCUCUCCACGGCAAACCUUUCAGUGCCUUGAAGACCUCGUGAAUCACUACUCAGAAGUUGCUGAUGGUCUCUGCUGUGUCCUUACAACACCCUGCCUUACCCAGUGCACUAACAACCACAGCAUAAUGAAUCAAGUUCCUCCUGUGGUGAUGCGGAAUAAAAACUUCAACUGGAGAAGCAUUCACAGGCUGGAGAUGACUGGAGAUACGGAAAGCACGCUGGCAGCAAUAGAUGAUUCCUGUCUCAGCUAUGGCCUGAGGGAAAGCAUUGCUUCCUACCUCUCCUUGACAGGGGAUGACAACUCUUCAUUUGUAAGUGCCAGAAAGAAGAAAGCACAGUCUCUUAUAUACACAGGGAGCAAGCAGAAGAGUACCCUUCAAUUGCCACCUACAUAUUAUGAGGACUGACCCUGAGACUACAAGGGAGAAAAUGGAAGUUGAGCACUUAGAAAAAAAUAAAAGAGCAUCCCCUGGUCCUGCAGUACUUCAACAACUGAGAGAUAAUGCACACCAGCUGGUGAUCAAACUCUGACUGUGCUUCUGCAUUUCCUCAUCUGAAGGUUAACCAGAGACCUUUGUAAGGGUACUAUCUCAUGCCAUAUACUGGAAUUGUGCUAUGUGCACCUGAGAUUAGAAACUGUUCACCAGCAAGAUAAACUGAGACACUCUAAGCCAAGAAUCAAGUGAGGCAGAGGAUUCUUCAGUAAGAAUGAUGCCCACCAUUGUACAAAGGUGACUGGAUACGAAAAGACUAACUACAGCUUGAGACUGUAAAUUAUAGUCUUAGUCUAGUACUCUCUACAAGGGUGAAAAUCAUGUUUACAGAAUCUACCUACUCUGAGAGAAAGAGCCUUUUUUCUUCUCCAUACAUACUCAUCAUUAACAGUGAUUUGGAAAGUCCCCAAGAAAAUAUCAAGUAAUUGGCAUUCAAGAGACACCUCGUUAUAUUGACUGUACACAUCUGUCAUUUCUACCUUUGGGGGAAAAAAAAAAAAUGUUAUUAUUGACUUUUCACAUGGCUUUUAAUUCAUAUGGGUGUGAUGGCCUGUUGUGUCACUGAAAGAUCACAAAAUGAAGACCAGGCUUAACUCACUGAGAAGUUCUUGCUAAGGCCUGAGAUGGAAGAACAGGCAUAUCCAAAAGCAGAACUUAACUGCUCUUAAUCCAGUGGAUAUUCAUCAGAGAACAAAGUUUCGUUGGUUGUUUUUUAAAAUGAAAAGUAAAAUAUUGUAAUAUAAUGCCUAACUGCAAAGGUAGGCUUGCAAAGGAGUGACUUUUGAGUAGAGGACAGAACUUGAACUUCAUCUCCUGAAGGCACGCCAUAUUUAUGUAUAAUAUUUAUAUUAAUAUCAGCUUUUUAAUAAUUAAACUAAUAGAACAAAUCAGAAA